CACUCCGUACGUGACUCUCACAUGCUCUCCCUCUCUUUCCUUUUCUUUCUUCUUUUUGUUUCUGUUUCAAUGCCAAACCUUGUUCUAAACGCAAACAUCACCAUCUCUUAUAAAUUCCAAAGCCGCCCAUUCUCUCUCUCUCGCCAACCAAAAGUUGAAGUAGCAAUGUCGUCGUCGUCUUCACCGUCUCCGCCGUCUCCUCUUCUGCCGUUCAACAAUAACAGUGAAGAUGCUCAUACUUCUCCUUUUCAAAAUCUUAAACCCAGCAUUCUUGUUAUUGUUUUGAUCCUCUCAAUCACUUUUCUUCUUUCCAUCUCUCUCUGCCUCCUUCUCCGCCAUCUCAACCGCCGCUGUCUACGCCACCUUUCUCCCACCUCUCAUGCAUCCACUACCGCCAUCACCAUCACCACUUCCUCGGCCUCCUCUACUCGUCACUCGACCAACCGUGUUUCGCCUGAGAGUCCUGCAUUCUCGAUCAUCAAUUCUCUCCCUCUUUUCUCUUUCAGUUCCAUCAAACGCCGUUCUGCAACCACUUCUGGAGAUUGUGCAGUUUGCCUGUCCAAGUUUGAAUCGCAGGACCAACUCCGUCUCCUUCCGCUGUGUUGCCAUGCUUUCCACGCUCAUUGUAUCGACACCUGGCUUCAGUCUAAUCAAACGUGUCCACUCUGUCGAUCUCCAAUUCAUGCCUCCGAGUCCGACCUCUUCAAGGCACUAUCGAGCAGCAUUGACGGUAGCGGUGCAGAAAGCUUCCGUCUCGAGAUUGGCUCCAUCAGCCGAAGGCAAGCAGCGUCUGAUUCCGCAGUCGAAACGAGAGGUUCCUACUCUGUAGGCUCUUUCGAGUACGUUGUAGAGGAAGAAUCUGAGGUUACUAUGAGCCACACGCACAGGAGAAGCGUUUCAGAUAAGGAAAUCGUUGCUCCAGUAUCCCCGUCCUGUCAAGAGCCAAACCUAGCAUCGGAGGUGGCCUCCGGAAGGAGUUGGCUAAAGGAUUACGUUGACAGGCUGUCGAAUACUCUGUCAUCGCGUGCUUUGUCAUUUCGAAGUUCUGGAAGGUUUUUCACCGGAAGCAGUCGCAGGAGCGAGAUAGGCAGCGUUGGAGAUUACGACGUGGAAGCGAAUCGGAUGGGGGAGGAAAUCAGCGAAAUGUUUCGUUGGUUCUCAGGGGUAUGAAUGAUAAAUAAAGCAGUUGGUUAGGAGAAAUGUAAUGGUUGGUCCAGUCCAUUUUUGCUAUAUCGACAGCAAAACGGUACAGGAUGAGGAGAGAGUAGGAAAUUCGAAAGCAAAAUAUGGAAUGGAAUACCUUGCCUUCCAUGUUUGUGUUGGUAGCCUAGAAGUAUAGUGGUAGUGUAGAUAGAUAAAGUAGAAAAUUGACAAAAGUUUUGUAUGAAUUUACGAUGAUGCCAUCGGGAUGGACAGAUACACUUGAUUGAUAUCAAAAGAGGAAUGAAUGGAUGAGAUAUUUGGUGCCUCAAUCCUGUUCCUGGGUGAAUUAAUUGAAGACAAAAAUAAAAAUCUGUUGCUGAUGUUGAUGUUGAUGCAUGUUUACAUGUAUAUGGCGUCUCCUACUGUAUUACUUGCUCUUAGUCUCAAUUAGACUCGAAUUCAAUUAUUAGUAAAAAAGAUCGUCAUAUUGAUUAUUUUGCA